GUUACGCCCGAGGCACUGCAGGAAAAGGGCAUGAUGCUCGCCCCCAGCUCCGCUCCGAUGCCAGAGCAGGGCUGGCAAACCACAGGAGCAACAGGAAGCCUCCAGAACAUUAAGAAAUUUAACAGACAGGACUUCAGAGACCUGAGAGCCUUGUGCCUGAGCCAAGGGCUGCUCUUUGAGGAUGCCACCUUCCCCGCUCACAUCAGCUCCAUUGGUCCCACCCUGCUCCCAGAGGAGAAGCUCCGGAAGAUCCAAUGGAAGAGACCAACGGAACUUCAGAAAAAUCCUUAUUUGAUCAGGGAUGGCGUUAGUAGAUUUGACAUCAUGCAAGGAGCUAUAGGUGACUGCUGGAUGCUGGCUGCCCUGGGCUCCCUGACACUGCGAAAACAUUUUUUGGAAAAUGUUUUACCCAAGGACCAAGGAUUCCAGGACGAUUAUGCUGGGAUUUUUCAUUUCCGGUUCUGGCAAUAUGGAGAAUGGGUGGAUGUAGUGAUAGAUGACCGGCUGCCAUUCCUAAAUGGAAAAUACCUGUCUGUACACCCCCGAACUUCAAAUGAAUUCUGGCCAUCCCUGCUGGAAAAAGCAUAUGCCAAGCUGCAGGGCUCCUACCAGAACUUGAGUGGAGGCUACCUUUCAGAUGCUUUAGUAGAUCUCACAGGUGGAAUCCAAGUGCAGUUUUCAUUGAAGGAUCCACCUCCUGAUCUGGAGGAGAUCCUGAUAGCAGCUGACAAAUCUCGGUGUCUCAUGGGGUGCAGCACCUCGGGCCAGUCGAGGAACAUAGAGCUGAGGAAUGGGAUUGUACAGGGCCAUGCCUACACCAUCACAGGAACUGUGAAGAUCCCCUACAAGAAUGGCUGGAAACAUAUCAUCAGGAUCUGGAAUCCAUGGGGCCGUGGGGAGUGGAAGGGGCCCUGGAGUGAUGACUCUCCUCAAUGGGACCAUGUUGAGCCUAAAUACAGAGAAAGCCUCCUCAGAAAUAAGGAUGAUGGAGAAUUCUGGAUGUCCUGUAAGAACUUCCAGGAGCAUUUUUCACGGCUAUAUAUAUGUAACAACACCCCAUCAUUUCUGGACUUUGGAGAUGAGCCCUACGCAACAACGUGGUCUCUGAACAGCUACACCAACCUGUGGAGACCAGGCCUUCCCACCAGAAGGAACCGCUAUGCCUCAGGUGCAGCUUCAACAAACCCUCAGUAUUUUUUCAAAGUGCUAGAUCACAACCCAAAAACCUCUAAUGUAGUAAUUUCACUCAUGCAAAAACAUGCCAAGCAUGUGCAGGAUGAAAAAAAACUGAAGAUUGGCUUUUACAUUACCACGGAGAACUCCAGAGUUCUGAAGCAAAUCUUUAUCCAGACUCGAGAUGUGACCAGGUAUUUUAUCCUGAACCCAGGAACCUACGCCGUUGUUCCUGCUGCAACAGAGGACCAGGAAUUCAAAUUUUUCUUACGAAUUUUCAUAAAGAAUCAAGACUACCAUGAGAACUCAGUCUCCCUGACCAGCCCAGUGCUGCCAAUGGAUGUACCAAGACAGAACCAGGACAGCUCCUAUAAGGCUCUUUUCCUAAGAUACGCUGAGCAGGGCUCAGCUAUUGAUGCCUCGCAGCUGCAACAACUCCUUAAUGAAGUGAUCUUGCAAGAUGAAAUGACCAGCCUGGGAGGGAGAUUCAGCUUUGAUUCAUGCAGAGGCAUUUUAGCUCUGAUGGAUCUCAACUCGAACGGAAGACUCACCCUGCAGGAGUUCAGGAGCCUCUGGCGGAGCCUCACUAAGUACAUGGAUAUCUUCUUCAAGGAAGACAGAAACCAUUCUGGAUUUCUUGAUGUUGCUGAACUGGAGAAUGCGAUACAGGCAGCAGGUCUGGCCACCGACACGCAGCUGCUGCGCCUGAUGAUGCUGCGCUACGGCAAUGCCGCCGGCAGGGUUGGCUUCUCCGACUUCGUGUGCUGCAUGCUGCGCCUCGACACCAUGACCCAUGCAUUCCAAAACUUAGCAGAGGGUGGAUCACAAAUUUCGAUGACAGCAACGGAGUGGCUGACUCUUGUCAUGUACACCUAGAGAGAUGCCAGAGGUCAUGGUGACUUUUCUUCCUCCUCAGUAGAGCAGCGCCCAAGGCCAUCCCAUACAAAAGCCAUCCACGGAGUUCUUGAAAAACCACUGUGAAGGAGUGAAGCCAGGUGUCCUCGUGCUUGGUGGCACUCAGAUGCUGGCAUGAAGAGUCCUUUCCAGGCAAACUGGAGGUGCCUGGGAGAGAGAAGAAUUGCUAAUGAAAGUACUCCAUGGGCAGGCUGGUAGUAUUUAAUGGUCUGGGCAAGCUGGAAGUGUUGAGUGUAAUCUCUUCUCAUCUGCCUAUAAAUAGUACAGAAGUUAGGAACAGCUCCAUUAAUUCCAUUAUGAAAAAGAACAGACCCAUGCCUUUUGUGUGAAAGGAAUGUGUAAGAUGUAGGUUACAUAAACAAUUAAGACACAGUUUUAUUUUAAUUAUUGCUUAAUUUUCUUGUGUGCCAUUUAUAUAUGCCAGAAAAUGAUUGAAGAAAUUAGUCAUAAUUCAUAAAUAA